CGCUAUUAAGCCGAGGCGUGUUAUCCACCUACGAUUUGUGUGGUGAGUCGUUGGCUUCCUGAAAAGGGCGCGGACUUCCGGAUUGUCUCCCAAAAUAAUUCAUUCCUCAUCAUCCUUUCAGGCUUUGAGGAGUUAGCAUCACUUCUCACUCUCACAUCUCACCUCAACACCUCAACACCUCAGCCGGCCCUACAUAUCCACCAUGGCCACCCCCGCACCCCCCACCAUCAAAACCAGUAACCUAACCUAUACCUUCCAAGACCAAUCCACCGGCGUCUCCAACAUCACCCUCUCCCUGCCCCCGCGCUCGCGCACGCUCCUGAUCGGCGCCAACGGCGCCGGCAAAACCACCCUCCUCCGCCUGCUCGCGGGCAAGCGCCUCGCGCCCCCGGACACCAUCCGCGUGUCGGGCGUGGACCCGUUCAAGGAAGGGCUUGAGGGCGUGACCUAUCUCGGGCUGGAAUGGGUGCUCAACGCGAUCGUGCGCACCGACAUCGGCGUGGGCGAGCUGCUCAAGUCGGUCGGCGGGGACGUGUACCCGGAGCGACGGGACGAGCUGGUGUCGGUGUUGGACAUUGACACGGCGUGGCGCAUGCACGCCGUGUCGGACGGCGAACGGCGGCGGGUGCAGCUGGCCAUGGGCCUGAUCCGGCCGUGGACGGUGUUGUUGCUGGAUGAGAUCACGGUCGACCUGGACGUGUGGAGCCGGGCGCAGUUUUUGGGCUUCUUGAGGAGGGAGACAGAGAGCCGGGAGUGCACGAUUGUGUACGCGACGCAUAUCCUGGAUAACCUGGCCGGGUGGCCGACGCAUCUUGUGCAUAUGCACCUGGGCACGGUGAAAGGUUGGGGCCCGGCUGAGGAGAUGCUCAAGGAGGUCGAGGAGAAGAGCGGGGAGGAGGGCCCGUUGGGGGCGACGGGGAAUAGUCGGUUGGGGGAGCUGGUUUUGAGGUGGCUGAGGGAUGAUUUGCGGGAGAGAGGGCCGCGGAGCCAGCAUAAACGCGGCCCAGAGGGCUGGUCCUACACCGUGACGGGCCUUGGGGGCUAUGGAUUUGAGCCCAAGGGGCCAAGUGAGGAGAACUGAGUGUACUCCGAGGAUGCAUUGCGACGGUUGAUCUCUGGAUAUUGGUGGGAGGCGUAGAUGGCUUUAACAUGAUACCCAAGCUGCAUUUAACAUGGGGUGGCGAGACGAUACAAAAGUUUGGCAACAGUUACAUUUACGGAUCUUCAACCGACAGACAGACAGCCAAAGUCAACAUGGUUGUUAACUUUCCCUUGAGGAUACUUCAACUGAUAGAUGGACAGCCGAUGUCAACAUGGCUGUCAGAUUUGCAUUCACGAUGCCUUCAACUACUAGAUACACAGCCAAUGUCAGCACGGCUC